CUCUCUCUCUUCCUUGCUUUUUGAAAAGCAACACCACCAUAUUUCUUUGCAUAUUCUCUCACAAAACUCUCUCUCUCUAUCUCUUUCAUUGUCACAGGCAAAGGUUAUUGGAUAACCAAGUUGAAGCUACUAGGCUUGCAUCUGAUCCAAGAAUCUAUUAUAGCCCUACAUAGUUAAAUGUUUUUGUGAUGAUCUAGUAGCUGGUCUGAAACAAUGACGAGGGUGACUCGUGAUUUUGGUGACACCAUGCAAAAAGAGGCGGUUCCGGCAGUAUCUGCUGAUGUGAUGUUUAAUUCCAGUCGGUUUCCGAAUUACAAAAUCGGAGCUAACAAUCAGAUAGUGGAUGCGACGGAUGACCCCAAAGUGCUAUCCAUGAAGGAGGUUGUUGCCCGGGAGACUGCACAACUGUUGGAACAGCAGAAACGCCUCUCAGUUCGAGACCUUGCCAGUAAAUUUGAGAAGGGGUUGGCUGCUGCUGCUAAGUUGUCUGAAGAGGCUAGACUAAGAGAAGCAGCUUCAUUGGAAAAACAUGUUCUUUUGAAGAAGCUUAGAGAUGCACUGGAGUCCUUGAAAGGGCGUGUGGCGGGUAGAAACAAGGAUGAUGUAGAGGAAGCUAUUUGUAUGGUGGAAGCUUUAGCAGUACAGCUGACUCAAAGGGAAGGGGAGUUAAUACAAGAAAAGUCUGAAGUCAAGAAGCUAGCAAAUUUUCUUAAGCAGGCAUCAGAAGAUGCAAAGAAACUUGUUGAUGAGGAAAGAGCUUUUGCUCGUGCUGAAAUAGAAAAUGCCAGAGCAGCAGUUCAGAGAGUGGAAGAGGCCCUUCAGGAACAUGAACGAACGUCUAGGGCCUCUGGGAAGCAGGAUGUGGAAGAACUGAUGAAGGAGGUUCAAGAGGCUAGACGAAUUAUCAUGCUGCAUCAGCCAAGCAAGGUUAUGGACAUGGAACUUGAGCUUCGAGCACUGAGGACACAGCUUGCAGAGAAGUCAAAGCAUUCUCUGAGGCUUCAGAAAGAGCUGGCAAAGAGCAAGAGGGUCGUGGAGAAUGGUUCCCAGUCAUUUGAAUUAGAUGGGCAUGAAGCUUUAGGUUCAUACUUGCGGAUUCAACCUUGCACUGACAAUGCUCCAGAACUUUCUAAAUGUUUGAUUCAGUGGUAUCGUGUAUCACCAGAAGGUGGCAAAAAGGAGCUUAUAUCAGGAGCUACCAAAUCAGUUUAUGCUCCUGAACCUUUUGAUGUUGGGAGAAUUUUGCAAGCCGAUAUUGUUUGGGAAGGACAACAAAUCACAUUGACAACUGCAGGUCCCAUUGAUCCAGCUGCUGGUUUGGGAAGCCAUGUGGAGGCACUUGUGCGAAGGCAUGACAUUGAAUUCAAUGUGGUUGUUACCCAGAUGAAUGGUGUAAAUCACCCAUCAGAAUCAAUUCAUGUGCUUCAUGUGGGAAGGAUGAGGAUAAAGCUUCGUAAAGGAAAGACAACAAUCGCUAAAGAGUACUACUCCACUUCAAUGCAGCUCUGUGGAGUUAGAGGAGGUGGGAAUGCUGCAGCACAGGCACUGUUUUGGCAAGCAAAAAAAGGUCUUUCUUUUGUAGUAGCUUUUGAAUCAGAGAGAGAGAGAAAUGCAGCUAUUAUGCUGGCUAGGAGGUUUGCUUUCGACUGCAAUAUCAUGCUAGCUGGCCCAGACGACAGAGCUCCUUUAGGAACCUAAUGGACCUCCAUUGAUCUCACUUUUGCUAAAUGUAAUUAAUUUGAGUUUCCCACAUAUCAUGUAUUAUAAGUUUGUAAUGGUAGAGAUGGCUUUGUAUAAUUGUGAUAUGGUGUUCCACAUUUUUUUUUACCUCGAUUCUUUUUACCAUUUUGUUUCCCAACAUCAAGGCAAUUUUUUAUUUGCCUUUUUGUCCCGAGUGUUAACAGAAUUUCCCACUUACAUUUUGAGGAAUGGUUGCAGCUCAUUGUAAAUCUGUAAAACAUCACUUGAGGUUUUGAAUGAUUGAUAUAUUUGAUGACUGGUUCAUGAUUGAUGAUU